AUGGCCACUCAGAACGACAAGACGAGUGGCAUCCUCGCUGAAGCUGCUCCUGAUGCUCCAGGUCAGCCUGUAGCAAGCACCAGUCCAAAGUCUGCGAAUGUCUCUGAAGAUGAGAAGCCCACGCAUGAGUUCAACGAACAGACAAACUAUGUUCGUCCCAGGACCAUCAUCACAAUCUUCCUAGCCUGCGCCAGCGUGGAUCUGGUUGCUCUUAUGGACCAGACCACACUCGCAGCCAGUCUUAAUAUCAUUGGAAACUCUCUCAAUGCCAGUAAUCAGACAGCUUGGAUCGCCAGCGGUUAUUUUAUAACAUCCACAGUCGGUCAGCUCCUCUAUGGACGCCUGUCGGACAUCUGGUCGCGGAAGUUGAUUCUACUCAUCGGCUUGGCGAUAUUCUUCACCGGCUCCCUCGCCAGCUCGGUCUCAAAUACUGGGACCCAACUUAUCGUCUUCCGAGCAUGGACGGGUAUAGGAGGCGGCGGCUUGAUGACCGUCGCGCAAAUGAUUGUGAGCGAUGUGGUGCCGCUCAGGGAAAGGGGCAAGUACCAAGGCAUUCUGGGCUCCGUAGUUGCCAUUGCGAACGGUAUCGGGCCCGUCAUUGGCGGAGCUCUUGCUUCCCAGUCCAAGGACUCGUGGAGAUGGAUCUUUCGUCUGAACAUGCCUCUCACUCUUCUUUGCACAGUCUGCGUCAUCUUCUUCAUGCCGCUCAGGAAGGUGGAAGGUAACUGGAAACUUAAACUCAAGGCUGCAGACUUCGUUGGAAGCUUCCUUGCCUUGGCUGGAACAACUGUCCUCAUGCUCGGCUUGACGUGGGGUGGAGGUGAUCAUCCCUGGAACUCAGCGCACGUCAUUGCCACCCUCAUAGUAGGAUUCUUCGUAUGUGUCAGCUUCAUCUUUUGGCAAUGGAAAGGAGCCAGGUUUCCUCUCGUUCCCCUACACAUCUUCAAGUCGAAGAUUGUUAAUGGCGCAUGUAUCACCAUGGCCAUCAACGGAUGGAACUUCGUCGUCCAGGUCUACUACAUCCCGGCCUUCUAUCAACUAGCCUACGGGUACUCGGCAACAAAAUCCGGCGCCAUGCUUCUUCCAGUCACUUUGACACAAACGCUUUUCAGUACUUUGGCAGGCCUUGUGGUACACAAAGUCGGGCGCUACCGAGAAUGCAUCCUGCUGGGUUGGGUCAUGUGGGCCGUCGGCAUCGGUUUGAUGUCAACGCUCGAUGAGAACUCAAGCGUGGGGGAGCAAGUCGGAUACUCGCUACUAGUUGGUGCCGGUGUUGGCAACACAUUACAGCCGGCAUUGAUCGCGAUCCAGGCCGGUGUGAGCAGAAAAGAUAUGGCUGUGGUCACAUCAUUCAGGAAUUUCAUACGGAAUCUUGGCAGCACUAUCGGACUCGCCAUUUCUGGGACCAUCAUGUUAGUCCACCCUUUCAAUUCCCAUGCCCACAUGUUCCUCCACAAAAGCUAA